AUAAAAUCCCUGACAUCCCUGACGAAGAAAGAAAUGACGAUUGGGAUAAUUGGCCAGUUUCAGACCAAAAAUUGGAUAAUUUAGACAAUUCCUUUGUCAUCUCUGAUGGUUUCGAUUGGUCGCGUGUUUCACAAACCAUGAUUGUAACAAUGGAUACAGAUUUAGUAAACGAUCAUUCGACAUCGUACACUUACAAAGGAAGUUAUCGCUACUCUGAUCAAUAUUCCAGAUAUAGUCGUCCAC